AGUUUUAUUAUUUCAUCUACUAGAAAAUGUUUCUAGUAAGAUAACUAUUUAAACAUAUAAUGUAGCAUAAACAUACUUUUAAAACCAAAUGAUAUGUCCGGGGUCCGCUCCACUAUCCAGUGGUAUAUACUUUACGAAGAGACGACGUCUUUCCGAAUCAUUAUUACAAUCUAACCAUGAAAAAUUCGAUGCCAAUGCAAAGUUUUCGAUUCGUGAAAGGAUAUAUCGGAAUAUAGAGGCGGAACCUUCUCCGGAAGAUCUACUUUUUAAGGAUUUGGUAUCGCUAUCAUUAGAUGGACGUCGCUUUGAGUUUUUUGACGCUUGCAAAGAUGAAUUGGAUGAUGACUUAAACGACGGACUAAGAUUUUUAUCACAACACCUCCUUCUGAAUGAAGGGGAUAAGAACAUUGAUGACGAACUUUUUGAUCGGAAUCAACCGCACUACUCUCAUAUAACAUCGUCUAUGGACAAAAUCCUGGAUUUGUUAUAUCCGGAAGGGAAAUCUCAGGACGAUCCAGCUCCUUUGGAUAUAAUCGAGAGGGAUAUUGGCGCUAGGGACUCUUGCAUAGGUCCACUCAGUGUUAACGAAGUUUCUAACCUUAUCGCUUUGGCUCUGAAGCUGCAAGAGGCCGAAAAAUUUGAUGUCGAUUUGGAAAAGAGACUGGAAGUAUCGGUACAAUUAUGGAAGAAGACAAACAGGAUCCCUAAUAGUGUUUCUCCCUCGUUAAUCUCGGCAUUGUUUGAAAGCAAGGCAUAUCAAUGUUCGCUUUGCGGAAUUAGAUUUAAAACGCCUGAUAUAAGGCAGCGUCAUAUGCUAACUCAUGAGAAAGUAAAAAGUGAUACCCAUUGGUAUUCAUUAGAUGCCUGGAUAAAUAUCGCAAGUAAGGGCGUGUACGGUUAUAGUAUCACGGCUAGAUCUCCCAUUACACACGAAACAUUCAAAAAAUUGUUUAGAGCUUUUUCGUAUAUGGAUGAUAAAAAUGUCACAUGGUUGAGAGAUAUAAUAUUUCCAAAUGAAGCUAAUCUACUGGAAGAAGAUAUUAAUGUUGAAGUAUCUGCGAUUGGAGAAGAAACUACAGAUAAUGUCGCAACUGGAUCUAAAGCUUUGGACACAUUCGCUGGGCCAAAUACUUUGUGGUCUUGGGGCACAAUGGACGAUUGCACCGAUUACCCAAAGUUUGAAGAUAACGAAGACGGUUAUCCAGCAGAAGCUAAAGUCGAAAAUGAAAUUUUGGACAAAAUUUUGAACAACGUAGAAUCAAAUAUACACAACUUUGAUUACAAGGCAAUAGUUGCCGUUUCCUUUGAUGAUAUGACAAAAUACUUCUGCGCUAUAUGUCAAGACGGAUUUAAAUGUGAAUUUGAUACAAAAUAUAAUAGAUUCUUAUAUAACAAUACGACACGUAUACAAUAUAAUCCUCAUUUAAUUUCACAGGUAUUUGGAAAUAAAUUUGUGCCAUGUGAUUACAUUUUGUCGAUGGCAAAUAUAGGAAAAAUGAAUGAUCCAGUGGAAAUACUAAAAAAGAUGGCAGUAUUUCAAAUCGUCAACUGCAACAUAAAAUCUUAUCGCAAUUUAGCGAUAACUGAUUGGUCAUUUAAAUAUAGCAAUGAAUUGCUAGACAUAGAUAGGGUUUCCCAACGAGCAGAAGCCACUAAUCAAGAGAAAGAGCAAAGAUUUAAGGAGUGGAAGAACCCCCUAAGACCCGGAGGAAAAGAUUUGCCAGAUUCUAUGAUAUAUACACAUACAAGUUGUUUGAAACUUGUUAUAAAUGCACACCUUAGGUAUGCAAAGGCAAAAGCCGAAGGGGUACUAGAAGAUGCUUAUAAAGACAGAAUAAAUAAGUUAAGCUUAUUGUGA